AUGCAGCAACAGCGAUGUUUUCUAAACUUCAAAGGACCGUUAACGAAGAAGAUAGCUGCGUAUAAUAUAGAAAACUUUUUAAAAAAUGCCAAGACAAAGUAUAAUUAAUUUUUACACUUAUAUUUUGUAGAAGUGUGUGAGACGUACUCACAUAAGCUUCUUAACAGUCAGAAGCGACCGACAUGCAGUGCUCCGCCCACGAAUGGCGAGAAACUAAUUUAAAGCCCACUUCAUACAUGUUUGUGUCGCAUUGCAAUAUUGUACAGUGAGGUAUUGUACUAUCUGAGGAAUCCAACAAGGCCCUUUUUCAAGUCUUUAUUUCUGUGAUACGGCAGGAGGCGAAUUUUUUUAUUGUCUUAUUCGGCGAACCGUAAAAAUUAAAAAUCAUUUGAAAAUGCACAUUUGAAAUUGCGCUAUAUAUUAGGAAAAGUUAUGAAGAUUUCCAAAGAAGAAAGGACAAAAAAUCAUACAAUUAGCCUUUCUCACGCCGCCAUUUUUGGGGUACUGUAAUUUUUCGUAAACGAUUAUAACAAUGUGAAAAGCAAUAUUUCAGAACAAACUAACUAUUUACAGAGUAAAUUUACCAUCAUACACCCACAGAAUUAUAACUAUGAAUGUCGCCGUUACAUACGUGGUGUCACGCUCGCAGGAUUGGCAAAAAAGUACUCAAAAAAUGGCGGCGUGAGAAAGGCCAUAAUUAUUUGAGAAAAGGACGUCAGGGUUUAUUAUAGAUGGGUUCUAACUAUGCAGAUUACAUAGUGAUAAUCGCGAUGAUGAUCAUGAUGGUGAUCAAUACGAUAAUGGUGUUGAUUAUAUGGUGGUGAUAACAAUGAUGAUGAUGAUCGUAAAGACUGACGAAGAUAGUAAAGAUGUUGAUGAUAGUAAAGAUGAUAAUGGUGAUGUUGAUAAUUAUAGUAAUGAUGAUAAUGGUGAUGAUGCAGAUAACGAUAGUAAUGAUGAUAUG